AUGUUACAUUUUCUUACUAAAAUUCUAUUUUUAACAUUAUUAAUAUUUAUUUAUUGUGAAUUUAUUAUUUAUUAUUUUGUUUUAUUGGGUUGUUCAUGGUCACAAUUAUCUAAACUUGAUCAAGAUUUUACAAUUUCAUCACCAAAAGAUCCAAGUAAAAAACCAUUACAUGUUAUGUUAAUUGCUGAUACACAUUUACUUAGUUCAUAUGAAGGUCAUUGGUUUAAUAAAUUACGUCGUGACUGGCAAAUGUAUCGUUCAUUUCAAUCGGCAAUUUUUUUAUUUGAACCACAUAUUAUUUUUUUUCUUGGUGACUUAACUAAUACAGGUCAAUGGUAUUCAGAUAAAGAAUGGAAUAAAACUAUUCAACGAUUUCAUUCUUUAUUUUCAGUAUCAUCUAAUAUACGUUUAUAUGUUCUUGCCGGUAAUCAUGACAUUGGUUUUCAUUUUGAUGUAACUGAUAAAAAUUUAAAACGUUUUGAACAAACAUUUCAAACACCACAUGUUCGUUUAUUAACUAUUGAUGAUGAUAAUAUACAUUUCGUAUUAAUUAAUUCAAUAGCAUUUGAAGGUGAUCAAUGUCGUUUAUGUGAACGUGCUGAUCAUGAAUUAAAUACAAUUAUUAAUGAACUUAGUCAAACUGAUAUAUUGACUAAACCAGUAUUAUUAUCACAUUUUCCUUUGUAUCGUUCAUCAGAUGCUAAUUGCUCACGACAAUCAUUGACAACAUUAAAAUCUACUUCACAAUAUCCAACACAUAAGGAACGUUAUGAUGUUCUUUCACAAGAAGCAACUAAACAUCUUUUAACAACAAUCAAACCUCGUCUUGUUUUUACAGCUCAUACACAUAGAUAUUGUUAUACAGAACAUAAUAAUAAAGAUGGUAAAAUAAUUCCCGAAUGGACAGUACCAUCAUUUUCUUGGCAAAAUCGAGAUGAUCCAUCAUUUAUGCUUUUAUCAAUAACAACAAAUAAUCAACGUGUAUCACAUUGUUAUUUGCCACGUGAAACGACAAUUUUUUGGUCAUAUGCUAUUGGUGGUUUUCUUCUUACUUUUUAUAUACUAUUUGGAGGACGAAGACCAUUUUAUUUAGUUGCUUGUUGUUUUUUAAGAAAAAUGUUUAAAAUAUAG